GAAAUAAAAAAUAGUUUUCGUUACGACCACCUAAAACAUAACCGUUGGGAAGUACACGUGGCACGCAAUCCAUCCACCUGUCUGCUUCAACUCCCCUUUGGAUUCCCUGCUCUCUUCACAAAUUCAGCUUCCUCCUUUCCAUUACCUUUUCACUUUCUUCUUCACUUCUCAACCCAUAAAAAUCCGUCACAUAAAAGCUCCAUUUUCAUCUCUAAUGGCCAUUCACAGUCUCUAAACCAAAUGUAAAAUGUUUUCUUUUUUAAACUACAAAAUCUCACACAUUCUAUUUCUUCUUCUAUUCUCUGCAACUCCUUCUUCUUCUUCUGCUGGUACGCAGUUUGAUUUCGGUACUUUAACUUUAAGCAGUUUAAAGCUCCUCGGCGACGCUCAUUUAAACAAUGGCAACGUCCGUCUCACCCGUGACCUCGCCGUCCCCAAUUCCGGCGCUGGCAAAGCUCUUUACUCCAAACCUAUUCGCUUCCGGCAACCUGGAACUCACUCCAUCACUAGCUUCUCUACUUUUUUCUCUUUCUCCGUUACGAAUCUAAACCCGUCUUCAAUUGGCGGCGGUCUUGCAUUUGUUAUAUCACCCGACUCUGAAACUAUCGGCGCUGCCGGCGGGUGUCUCGGGUUGCUCACGGUGGAUGGUCUUGGUUCUGGGUUUGUUGCUGUUGAAUUUGAUACCCUUAUGGACGUUGAGUUUAAAGAUGUUAACAGUAACCAUGUCGGUUUGGAUCUGAACAGUAUGGUUUCUACGGAGACUGUUGAUUUGGACGGCGUUAAUAUUGAUCUGAAAAGCGGGGAUCUAGUUAACGUUUGGAUCGAGUACGAUGGUACUAACAGAGGAAUCAAUGUCUCGGUUUCGUACUCAAAUCUUAAACCUAAAGAAUCUGUUUUGUCGGUUAGUCUUGAUCUUGAUCAGUACGUUGAUGAUUUCAUGUAUGUUGGAUUCUCUGGGUCAACACAAGGGAGUACAGAGAUUCAUAGCGUUGAAUGGUGGAGUUUUAGUUCGUCAUUUGAUUCUAAUUCAGGUUUUGGGUCUAAUAACCCACCGCCUCCUACGGCUAAUUUGAUGAACCCGACGGCUGAUUCUGUUAAAACACCGCCGCCGUCGUUGGCCCCGGCCAGUGCUGAUUCUAUUUCUACCGCGCAAGAAAAGAGUAGUAAGUCAUCCUCUUCCUCUUGUCAUAACCAGCUUUGUAAACAAGGGCCAGGCGCCGUCGCCGGCGUGGUCACCGCUAGUGCUUUUUUAGUAAUCUUCGCCGGAAUUCUCAUCUGGGUAUUUUCUAAAAAGUACAAACACGUCAAGAAAGAGUCUUUUGCGUCUGAGAUAAUAAGAAUGCCAAAAGAAUUCAGCUAUAAAGAGCUCAGAUCAGCAACAAGGUGUUUUAAUGCUAAUAGAAUCAUCGGCCACGGUGCAUUUGGUAUUGUUUAUAAAGGUAUCUUACCGGAUUCCGGUGAGAUUAUUGCAGUGAAGAAAUGUAGUCAUAGUAGUCAAGGAAAGACUGAAUUUUUAUCUGAAUUAUCAAUAAUUGGCACUCUCAGACAUAGAAAUCUCGUACGGCUUCAAGGUUGGUGUCAUGAGAAAGGUGAAAUUUUACUAGUCUAUGAUCUAAUGCCUAACGGAAGUCUUGACAAAGCAUUAUUCGAGUCAAGAACAGUUUUGCCUUGGCCACAUAGGAGAAAAAUCUUACUUGGUGUAGCUUCAGCAUUAGCAUAUUUGCAUCAAGAAUGCGAAAAUCAAGUGAUUCAUAGGGAUAUUAAGAGCAGUAACAUUAUGUUGGAUGAAGGGUUUAACGCGAGAUUAGGCGAUUUCGGUUUAGCUAGACAAAUCGAGCACGAUAAGUCCCCCGACGCAACCGUAGCGGCCGGAACAAUGGGAUAUCUAGCUCCUGAGUAUUUACUAACAGGCAGAGCUACAGAGAAAACCGAUGUGUUCAGCUAUGGAGCAGUAGUUCUAGAAGUUUCUAGCGGAAGAAGACCAAUUGAGAAAGAAACAAGCAAAAUUGGAGCAAACAGCAAUUUAGUAGAAUGGGUGUGGAGUCUACACAGAGAAGGAAAAUUAGUAAGUGCAGCUGAUUCAAGACUUGAAGGUGAGUUCAGUGAGAUUGAAAUGACUAAGGUUCUGUUGGUUGGGUUAGCUUGUUCGCACCCUGACCCAUUGGCUAGACCCACAAUGAGAAGUGUGGUCCAGAUGUUGGUGGGUGAAGCUGAGGUCCCUAUGGUUCCUAGGACCAAACCAACUAUGAGUUUUAGUACUUCACAUCUGUUGUUGAGCUUGCAAGAUAGUGUAUCAGACUGUAAUGGCAUGAUCACUCUCUCAACUUCUUCUUCAGAAAAUGGUUACAUUAUUGGUGAUAAUGAUGACAUAGUUUGAUUCUGAUAG